UUUACUCACUACAUUUCAAAAAUUGAAAAGAAAAGUACGAGUACAUGAAAAUUUGUUACAACCAAAAUUAUUUUUCUAAAUACAUAGACAUUAAAAAAUAUUUGUCAUACUGCUAACAAAACGUUGAAAUACUGGUAAUAAUGACGGAAUUGUAACAAAAUACGAAAUUCUACUCAGCAUCAUCUAACGUUAGCACAGAUUAUCUGGUUCCAGAUAAUCUGUGCCGUUAGUUUAGCYAGUGGGGUAUUGCGCCGGUGGUGCCGGUGGUGUCAUAUCUUACUUUACUUUUUACUCAACCUGUAGAGAGUAGAGACUGUGUGUAAAUAGAUAAAAGUGGGGGUUGUUAUUACCUAUUGAGGUAGGUAUAAAAAAUAUAGAAGUAUAUAUUUAGGAUAUACUGUAAUGCAUACUCUAGCUCAAGAAAUUUAAACUCCUCAACCUCCUACAAGUAAGUACAGAGAGAAGAAAACAUGGCGUCAGGGUUGGGACAGCCCGAUUAAGGGCAACAACCAAUACUGGAUUGUUAAUGUUUUUUAAAAUUCUUUUAACAUUCCUCCUAUUUUAUUCUGUGAAUGAUGCGUGCAAGACGUGUAAUAUAAUGGUCCAAUGGGUAUCCCUAUUUUCAUUCCAUUAUCUGUUUAUCACUAGUUUAAAGUCAUGUGAUCUCAAACUGAGCGCAGCGGUUUGCUCUUCUAGAUCACAUGUCAYUGAGACUCACUUGCGCGCGAUUUUUUAAAAGUAAUACUGAUUAACACAUUGGUUUUAACUUUAAAAAGUGCUUUAAAUGUGAUAUAAAUAAUCUGGCCAUAUUUCUCUAACAAAAUUUAGUKUUUUUUUUUUUAGUUUCUGUUAAAUGUGCUACUUUUCAGUCAUUCGUACAUAGUAAUUUGAUAAGUCGUGUGAUACCUAAAACAAUAUUUAUUUAUUUAUCUUAUAUAAAUAGUGAAGUCAGUCGAAACAUCACGUUGCUUCRAUAAGCAACAUAUACGUUGUAUUUUCUGCUUUUGCCUGUAGGUACACUGAAUAAUAUGUAUGUUUAUUUUCAACACAGUAUUUUCAAACAAAUAUGUUUCCAUGGUAUAAUUCUUAUCGUUAUCAGUGCAACCAAUUAACAAUUCAACUCUACUAUUAUAUACCUAUAUUAUUUAUGUCCCAACAGUUGACUAAAAUCCAUAGAGGAUUAUGGAUGAAUCCCGAGCAAUUCUCCAUCUUUCGACCCGCUUUCCAAAUAAAUCUCGGGAAUAUUUAGUACGGAAGUACUAUCAGUGCGAUGGCCACCUAAAUGCAACAAUCGCUGCAAUCACUAACGACGAAUCCGAAGAAGUAUCUCUUUGUAACAGAUUUCUUGACUCUCUUUUCACCUGUAUUGGAAACUUGUUUUGCUGUUGGGAUGGUCCUUCAUACACUGAGUUCCAAGAAAGAAGUCGUAACGAACGUCAAUAUCCAAGCCAAGUUAUUACGACCCCAAUAAUUUCACCAAGUGCGCCAAAGGGUGCAACUCGGAGGGUAUUUCAAGAGCUACCUCAAGUUCAUCAAGUGACUACCAACGCGGGUAGUGCUCGACAUUCGGCAACAUUUUACCGUGAACAAGCCCAACAACAUUUAGAGAAGAAACGCGAAUUGAAUCGAAUUGCCCACCAGUAUAAACAAGGCGGGAAAUAUAAGCUUGCGAAUGAAUAUUUUGAAGCAGCAAAAAAACAGAAGCAGCAGCAUGAAGAAGCGAACCGUCGGGCUGCUGCUGCAUUUUUAAAAGAAAAUUAUGAAAAAAAUCCAAGUAACGACACAAUUGAUUUUCAUCAUCUUUACGUCAAGGAGGCGGUCGAGGUGCUAGAUAUUUUUCUGGAUGAUCAAAUUGGAGGCUUGAGAGACGAUAAUGUCAAGACGAAGGCUUUGAGUGUUAUUACAGGACGGGGAAAGCAUAGUGAGAAUGGGGUUCCAAAAAUAAAACCAGCUGUUAUUGAACGGUUGAUAGUAAGAAAGUUAAAAUUUUCAGAAGUUAAUGCGGGCCAUUUGAAAGUGUAUAUUUAUAAGAAUUCUCUUUUAACCAAUGAUCUMUCUUAAGCCAAAGACUAUACCAAAGACUAUACCAAAGACUUUGUUAAUGUUUUAAUAUACCUAAGUAUUAUAAAUAUGUAUGUCAGCGUGUAGUCGUACACUUGGAGACAAAAUACUUUGGUCGUCAAUGUCACUUGAGUGACACUAAAUGGUAAAGCAUGCUUUAGUACUGUUAACCUUAUUUUUAGUUACU